AUGGCGGCGAGGAGCACGCACAAGCGGAAACGCAGUGCUAAACGCGCUGAUAAUGAGCGUGGGAAGCCAGGCGGUCUAGGUGGUGGCCGUCUCACACUCUCUUUGUACGAAUGGUCGCCUUCAGCGCGUGAAGAGCUAAAGCGUGCAUUGUAUACCCAUCCUUUCAACCAUACCGUCGACGUGCUAGUCCCGCACGCUUCAUUCCCAACGCAAAAUUUCAUCUCAUCCUUGCAACGCAUUCUGCAGAAUGCAGGUUCUGGUCCAUGCAUAGCACAUGUGCCCCUAGCGCUAUUCCUUGAGCCAACGUUCGUGGCUCAAUACAUUCGGACUGGCUCCCUAUAUGCGCUGAGUGCCACCUGGCUCGAUACCCAAGACUCUGUUUGUCUCGACGGUCAGGGCAUGCUCGUUCUCUCCGUGACGAAAGAUACGUACCAGCAACUAGGUCUAGUCGGUCGUCCAAGUCGUUUUGCUCGUGGUGCCUCUGGGCGAAAGGCUGAUCGACAUAGUGGCGCUAUCUCUCGCUAUAUUAUUGAGCUUCCGCUCUUAGAUCCCUCGUUUAUUCCAGGGAAACGAGGCUACGAACGAGCGAAGCAGUGUUUGUUGGCUUGGGAUCAAGCACGCUCCAAGUCAAGCGCAGUCCCGAUGCUCAUCAAUGGCGUUCCAGCAUCAUGGUCAAUGCUGCUCGUUUGGACUCCUCCGGAACUAACGACAACCGAGACGCCGUUUCUACAUGGUCAUCGCAUUUGGGCUCCUAUCGAGUAUGCCCCGCUACAACAGGCGCACGUCAUGCAGGCGCUUGCUCCAACGUUGCAAAUGAACUCUUGCACUGACGUUUGGAUUCCGCCCGCACCGAUGCUGGCAACGUCGUUUGAAUCUGUGCCUGGGGACCGAUGGACUUCAAUCUGCGAAUAUCUCGAGUGGACCGGUCUUGCUUCUAUGCGUGCGCCUCGGCUCCAGACAUACGAUCGAUGCGAUCCGCGGAUCGCCAUGUAUGCACCCAUCUCUGGCAGUUGUCCGGGCUCGUUUCUGCAUGUUCAUAUACGUGGUAUGCUUCCGCCGUCUCUUUUAAGUUGCGUACUCGAUUGUAUGUGGGAUGAGCUUGAUGUGUCGCCGCGGUCAGCUUGGGCCUCGAUUACCGUGAACGGAUUUUCUGACUCCCCUAUUGCCUGGACGUCUAAGUACCCUGGACUGGGACUAGCUUUGGGCAGUGCUUCGUCGAGAUCUGAUGCGUUUCGCGACGGCUACAACGCUGCGCAGCGUGCGCGCAAGGUGCGAAGGAAGAGCCAUACCCGGCGGGGCGAGUCUGAACACGGACUCUUUCGAACUGGUGAGAAUGGUUGGACGAUGCUCCUUUCCUCGGACCGUUCGCAGCACAAGGGCCAUGUUGCGCUCAUCGAUUCUGUGGAGCUUGAUACCCACAUGUAG